AUGGAUGGAGAGCAACACAAAAAGAAAACCUUCCACUUGUCUUCCUUCUCACUCUUGACAUGGAUCAAGCUACUGUUUCACCUACUGACCAACUUAUUCCGAUGUCUAAUAGUACUCCUACAGGUACUUCCUCCGCCCUCUGCAAUUCAUUCAAAUGGGAAAUCUACAUCAUCUCUAGCGCACCAUAGGACUGUCGAGGAUGAUCUUUUCCCGACUAAUCCUUCGUAUGCUGACGCCAAUUCGCAACCGGAGUACAAACGGACGCCUUCCAGCUCUGCAAUGGGGAGAUUGAGAGCCGCUGAAGAGAGGAAAUGGAGAUAUGUCGGGGACGUUCUUGCUCAUCUGGCUUAUUAUUAUGUGAGUAGAUCCUAUAAGUGGCGUGAUUUAGCUAGGAGAUCUAACAAGCCUGCUCAGAAUGAAAAUCAAGUAUGGGAAACGUUGUGCUGCGAGUGGCUUGCUGUGGUGGAGGCUCACGGUUAUUGGGCGGGUUGA